ACGGGGGCUCAGCCCCUCACCGGGGAUGCCCCGGCCCGGCCGGGACACCCUCCCGCCGCCCUUCGCCCGGGCCCGGGCGGGGCCGGUACCGGGAACUGCGGCGGCUCCUGCGCGGUGGCGGAGAUGGCGCUGCCGGUGCCGCUGCCCCGGGGGACCCGGCCCCGGGCCCGGCACUACUACCAGGGUUUCGUGGACAAGCGGGGGCCAGGUGAUCAGGGCUACCGGAGGGUCUGGGCGGGGCUGCGGGGGCUCAAACUCGCCUUCCACAGGGGGCCCCAGGACCACGAGGUACCGGGGCUCCUCCGGGCGGGAUCCCCGGGACUGGGAGCCCCGCACGGGCUGUCCCGGCCGGACCCGCGGGGUUUCUCCGGGCCGGGACCCCCACGGGACCCCCCGAGGCUGGAGACAUCCCCGGGCUGGGACCCCUCAGGGUGGGACCCCCAGGACAAGAACCUUUGGGUGGGUCUGGGGGGGCUCACCCAGGCCAGGACCUCUGGGAUCUGCUGGGGCUGGGACUCCCAAGAUUGGGACCCCCCCCAUCCUGUCCGGGCCCCAGAGGUGCCCCUCCCCCAGGGUGGGACCCCUGUGCCCCCUCCCCAAGCUGGGACUGUUUGGUGAAACCCCCCAGGAUGGCGGACCCCAUCCCCAUAAACCCCCGUGGGCAGGGCCCUCCAAGGAUGGCACCUUCAGGUGACACUGGGGGGACCCUGGCUGAGGGUGGGGGUGUCCCUGGGCCGGGGGUCCCACCCUUGGGUGCCCCCAGCCCCUGAGUCCCCCCUGUGCCCCAUCCACGGCCACGUCACACCUACAUCCCAAUUUAUUCUCCAGGCCAGAAGCAGCUCUCGGUGCUGGGGGGGCAACGAGCCCCGGCGACACGGGGGGCACGGAGUGGGGGGCCGUGGGCAGCCCCGGGGGUGGCAGAGCCCUGCGGGCAGCGCUGGGGGUGGCAGGGGGGGUACAUUCAGUGCUGUGCCCAGCUCAGGGCAGGCUGGAGCUGCUGGCCGUGCUGUUGCGCUUCUGCAGGCACCGCACGGCGCUGGGCACCUGCAAGCCUGAUGUCACCUGGAAGCUGCCACACCACACCUGGGGACACAGCGGGGGCUCAGGGGGCUGAGGGCAGCGCUGGCAGCCCCCUGGGACCCCCAGACCUGCCCCCCCUUACCAUGAAGGCCGGCAGCACCGGCUGUGAGAACUUG